UCUUGCCCUCUAGCUGAAUCGAUGACUCAAUGGAGGCGCGGCGCUCGUAUCGCUAACGCAGCUCGACAACGAAAAUGGCGUUCAACUUCGUUGCGUUCUGCUACAUCGUAGCGCUAAUUCUCACGGCGUUCCUCAUAUUUAUGGCCGUAUUUCACGUCAUUGCUUUCGACGAACUGAAGAACAACUACAAGAAUCCCAUCGAGCAGUGCGACAGCUUGAACCCACUCGUGCUUCCCGAGUACCUGGUGCACAUUCUCUACAACGUGCUAUUUCUCUUUGCGGGCGAGCUCUUCACUGUGCUGCUUAACUUGCCACUCAUCGGAUACCACAUCAACAGGUACCGGCAGCGUCCCGUGAUGAGCGUGCCCGGCCUGUACGACCCUACGAGCAUAAUGAAUGCUGAUCAGCUGAGCCGGGCGAUGCGUGAGGGAUGGGUCAAACUGGCCUUCUACCUCCUCUCCUUCUUCUACUACCUCUAUGGCAUGAUCCACUCCCUGAUUACGGUGGAGUGAGUGUGAGCCACACCCGGAAAGGACAAGCGGCAGCCCAGGAGGAGGUGAAGGAGGAUUCUUCCAGUUGGCUGUCACACCGUGAAGCAAGGCUGUGACUUGCCGCAGUGCUUCCCAAGCCAGGUGCGACGUGCCCAGUGAACUGUGCCGGAACUGUUUCUGCAGACCGGAGGUUGUGUCCUUCCCCACCUCGGAAAGUGUGCCGUUUUUGUGCCGAUGUACAGUUGUGUGUGUGUGUGUGUACAUCUGCCCUGCUAGUGCAACGUUUCAAGAUUACGUGGGGCCUUUGCCUGGGCUCUUUUGCUUAGGGUUAAAUAAAAACAUUGUAGCUUAA